GGGCGGUCUUGCACGGAGGAAACGGGGUUUGGGAAAUCCCUGGGCGCGGCCCCGGGCGCCCAAGCGGCGAGAUUCCCACUCGGGGAGACAGAAAGAUAAAGGCGACUCGGCUCCUUUGCUUCGCGCCACUUUGGAAGGAGUCUCCAUUGAGUUCUCUCGCCCUGGGGAAGCUGAGCGAGUGGACUUCCGAUUGCCGAUCCUGGGAUCGAGGAUUUUAUCUUUCUGAAUUGCUGGACUUCCACCCAACUUGCAAACAUGUCAUUGGCAGAUAUACAGAUGAAUUCUGCAGACCUUCUGGAAAAAGAACAACUGGAUGCAGAUGUAACAAAUCCCUUCUUGAAGAAGGCAAAAUUAUGCAAAAACUAAAUCAUAAUCGUGUGGUGAAGCUACUGGGUGUCAUUUUGGAAGAUGGCAACUACUCCCUCGUGAUGGAAUAUGUGCACAAAGGGAACCUGAUGUCAGUUCUAAAGGCAACUGAAAUUCCUUUGACUGUGAAAGGGCAGUUCAUCUUGGAGAUCAUUGAAGGAAUGCUGUACUUAAGUGAACAAGGUUUAGUGCACAAAGACCUAAAGCCAGAAAACAUCCUUGUAGAUGAGGACUUUCACAUCAAGAUAGCGGACCUUGGUGUAGCCUGCUUCAAAAACUGGAGCCGGUUGACGAAAGAGGAGACCAGCCGACAGAGGAAACUCAAGUGCAACACCAAGAGCAAUGCAGGCACACUUUUCUACAUGGCUCCUGAGCACUUGCACUCCAUCAAUAUCACACCUGUGGAAAAAUCAGACGUUUACAGCUUUGGCAUAGUGUUAUGGGCUAUUUUUGCUAACAAGGAACCAUAUGAGAAUGCCACAAAUGAUGAGCACGUAUACUUCUGUGUUAUGCGAGGGAACAGGCCACUUAUAGCUGAAAUUGAGGAAAGUUGUCCAAGGGAGAUAAUUUCUUUAAUGGAACGUUGCUGGAGUCAAAACCCAGAGGAUCGGCCAACCUUUGCAGAAAUCAAUAUGAUGUACAAGCCAUAUUACUAUCAGCACUUUCAGAAAUAUGUAGAAGAUGACGUACAAAAGAUAAAAAAAGUGUACCCUGAACCAACGGAACUUGUCAAAAGGAUGCAGUCUCUCCAAGUUGAUGCUGUAGCAGAACCACCAAGUAGCACCCGGAUAGAUCUGCCCAGUUCUCUACACAGUUCUCAGGGUCUCGCAGCCAACACUGUGGAUGAAGCCUUGUUUGCGGCUUGUCCUGAAAAUGAACCCGUGGAGAGCUGUGAAACCUCCUUUGAGCCCCAUUCUGUGAACCUGGACAGAAAACUGCAGGAUGAACUGAACUACCACAAGUAUGGCAGCAGGAUGGACAAACCAGAAAGCCCCUCUGUGGCAUACAGUGCAGAAAUGCAAGAGGAGGAGAGGAGAAGGAGGGUUUCUCAUGACCCAUUUGUAAAGGUGCCUGCUACCCCACGGGCACAAGAGACACACUCAAGAGCUGAAAACCCCAGAUCAAACUUUGGUCAUAAUUUGAUCAACAACACUCCGGCCCAUUACAAUCACCUAAGGCAACAGUCACCGGGUAGAGUGCUACCCAAAAGGCAGAACAUCCCAAACAGUCCAAAUAAUUCAUAUGGGAUGAGGCCUGUGGAUCUGGGAACAUGCAUGGAUGCAGAGGAUAUGUAUAGAUCACAUUCAGCUAAUACUGUUAAUUUCAGUAAGCCACCUGUGCCUGAAUCUGGUGCAAAUCAUCAACCAAAGCCCUCAAUGCCACAUCACAUCCCGAAAAGCCAAAACACGGACCCUGGUCCAGUGGAGUUUUAUCCUUUUAUGAAGGCAAACUUUGCACAAACUUCUCCUACGCACAGCAAAAGCACAGAAGAACUGGCACAGUACAACAUAGUUAACAGCUGUGGAAUUCAAAUAGGGGCCUACAACUAUAUGGCAAUAAAUGAUCAGAAUUUCCAAAUAUGCAGUUAUCCAGCAAAUACUUCCUACGCAUCUGCAGAUUACCAGAAACUGUUUGAUAGUACUGCAGUCAUUUCUGACGCAUACCUGAACCUUGUGAGAGACAACUUGGCCAAACAGUGGAAAUGCUGUGCUCGUAAGCUGGGCUUCAAAGACUCCGAGCUGGAUGAAAUUGACCACGACUAUGAACGGGAUGGAUUAAAAGAAAAGGUUUACCAGAUGUUCCAGAGGUGGCAGAUGAAGGAAGGCAGCAAAGGGACAACGGUGGGAAAGCUGGCAAGAGCUCUCUUUGCUUGCCAGAGGAUCGACCUCCUUAACAGCCUUGUAAAAAUAAACCAGGAGUCUCAAGGAACAGCAGGAGGCUGCUAACGUGGAAGACAUUUUCUAAAGGAAACAUAUUUUGCUACAGUAUUUUGAUAGCCCAUUAUCAGGGCUUCUUUUGUAGCAGGAACUCCUUUGCAUAUUAGGCCACACCCCCUGAUGUAGCCAAUCCUCCAAGAGCUUACAAGGCUCUUCUUACAGGGCCUACUGUAAGUUCCAGGAGGAUUGGCUGAAUCGGGGUGUGUGUGGUCUAAUGUGCAAAAGAGUUUCUGCUACAAAAAGAGUCCUGGACAUUAUAAAUAUCUCAGUGCUGCCAGUAUAAGACUUUUAGUAUAAGCAGAAAAAGGAAUGUAGAUUUUCCUUAAUUGUAUUUCUGUUUUAACAGCUGUCACAUCUUGCUGAACAACACCAAGAAACGUAAAGGCUGGAAAUAAUGUGUUUUUAGAAUAAACUGCCAGAUCGUGAA